GGAAAUCCGCCCCCGCACGCGGACAAGGGGAGUGCGAAAUCAAAUGACUUGUGAUGUGGGGAUUUGAAUUGGGGCUUUUGGUAAUAAUGGAAAGUAUAGGGAAGGAAAGCGCGAAUACGUAAAAAGAAUAAAAUAAAAUUUCAGAAUAUUCGAGUAUAUCCAGAUAAUUUUAGUAGAUGAAAUUAUUGAAGCCAUCUGACGUGGAUCCUUGCUGUCUGGUCCACCACUCCUGACCCACCACAGCCUUACAAAUGUCUUGAUGCACUUCACCCAACUACUAUCAGCCACGUCGGAAGAGAAAUCUGGGCCCGACCAUCCGCGGCGGCUCGUUCGUCCACGUUGGCAGGCAUGGCCCCACCCCGUGGUCAAAAUCUUUUCACUAUAAAAUCCUUGUCUUCAAGAUCUAAACCCAAUCCACACCUUUUGAGAACACGUGAGCUUAAUCACACCUUCACAGAAAGGAGCCCAUGGCCAGAGCGACGGCGAGAAUUCCGGCCAUUCACCGGAACUUUUUGUCUGCUAAUCUUGAGCUUGGGUUUACCGCCGGACAAGCUGCGAGUUUGUCUGACAUGGCGUUCGGGUUUCUUGAGGACGGCGAAGGGUGGCCGGAGAGCUUUAGCAGUACUGGUGGGUGCAGUGAAAAUGGAGCAUUGGAUGAUGACGAAGAUGAUGCUGAUAAGGAGAAGAACUCUAGUAGUGUGGAAGAGAACAAGAAUUUUUGGGAGUCCCAGCACCAGAUUUUACAUACAACCUUAUGCAGAACUAGCUCUCUAGAAUCAGGGAUUCGGAAUGCCACCAAGGAGGCAUUGAAGGAAAUACAAAUGGAUGACAACGUCUGCGUCUGCCUGAGACCAGUUGUUGGUGGUUGCCGGAGUUGUCUGUUGAGAGAAGUCUCCGACCGUCUUCGAAAUGCUGGCUACAACUGUGCUAUCUGCAAGUCAAAAUGGAGGAGCUCACCAAAUAUCCCAUCAGGUGAACACACCUUCUUGGAUGUGGUCCACAACUCAAGCGCCAAGAAAGGAGAGGUGAGGGUGAUAAUUGAGCUGAAUUUUCGAGCUGAAUUCGAGAUGGCAAGAGCCAGUGAAGAAUACAACCGACUAAUCCGCAGACUCCCUGAAGUAUUCGUGGGAAAGGUAGAAAGAUUACACACCCUAGUUAAGAUCUUGUGUAUGGCUGCCAAAAAGUGCAUGAAAGAGAAGAAAAUGCACAUGGGUCCAUGGAGGAAACACAGGUACAUGCAAGCCAAAUGGCUUAGCACAUGCGUAAGGAGUACAUCAACAUCCAGCUUGCUGUCCGGGGACUCCGGCCGGUUGCCAAAGCCAAAGGCUUCUAUGUUGACUGUAGAUUUGAUGGAGAAGUUGCCUAAUAUGCAUUGUACUGCUGUCGAGGUCGUGUGAUUCUGUCCUGCCUGUAAUCCUUGAGUGUGAACUUGGUAGAGUGUACAUAGAGGGAUCUUCAAUAAUGGGGAAAUAUGUAUCUUCCUUCUUGCUAAAUUGCAUGCGAAUGCUUAGAGAAAAUAGAGGGACUGAAGUCUAGUUUCAAAAUUUUAUACAGUUAUAGACAUGAUUGCCGUGUAAUACUCUUAUAAGAAGGAAUGAAUCUCAAGACUGUGACUUGGAUCAAA